CGUGGGGGCCUGGGGCCAGGGAGGAGCGGGACUUCCGGCAGGUGCUCCAUCAGGUGCUCAGAGGCUCCCGCAGCGCCCGCGCCAAAGGCCAGGCCCCCUGCCCCAGGUGACCACGUGACCACUGCGCACCUUGCCCCGGAGCCUCUCUGGAAGGGAGGAGGCCUGACCUUGGGAGAGGCUGCCUCUCACCUGUUUUCUUUUGGAGCCGAGCCUCUGCCUGGCCCCCGGGACAUGGCCACGCCCAGCCUGCCUGGGGAGGGGGCAGGUCUUCCCCAUGACCAGAAGUGGGGGGGAAAGGGGGACCCAGGUCGGGGCCCUGGGGGACCCUGUGAUGACCGGCUGUCAGGCUUGCUGGAAGUGACCAGGCCUGGGGAGCACGGCAUGGCGCAGUUGAAUGGGGUCCCUCGUCCUGGGGCCGCCCCGGGCCAGCCCUGCGUCUUCAAGUUGGUUCUCCUGGGCAGUGGCUCUGUGGGCAAGUCCAGCUUGGCUCUCCGGUAUGUGAAGAACGACUUCAAGAGUAUCCUGCCCACUGUGGGAUGUGCGUUCUUCACCAAGGUGGUGGACUUGGGGGCCGCGUCUCUGAAGUUUGAGAUCUGGGAUACGGCUGGUCAGGAGAAGUACCACAGCGUCUGCCGCCUCUACUUCAGGGGGGCCAACGCUGCGCUUUUGGUGUAUGACGUCACCAGGAAGGAUUCCUUCUGCAAAGCACAGCAGUGGCUGAAGGACUUGGAGGAGGAGUUCCACUCUGGAGAAGUUGUGGUGAUGCUGGUCGGCAACAAGACAGACCUGGAAGAGGAGCGGGAGGUGACCUUGGAGGAAGGGAAGGAGUUUGCAGAGAGCAAGGGGCUGCUGUUCAUGGAAACCUCAGCCAAACUGAACUACCAGGUGACCGAGGUCUUCAGCGCCGUCGCCCGGGAGCUUUCGCGGAGAGAAGAGAGCAAGGAGGGCCAGAGGCGGCGGAGAGAUGCUCCACUGACCCUGAGCGAGCGGCCCUCGCUGCGGGGCCGAUGCUGUGCCCACUAGAAGCGGCCGCUCCGGGGGCAGCCGCGGGGAGUGGGUACUCCCAGCCCGCGCCCCAGCGGUCCUCCGAGCGAGCCACGGCCAGCUCCGUGGUGAUGGCGGUGCUGACCCCAGUCCACCGUGGAGCCCGGCGCGUGCCUGAGUCCUCCAGGAGCAGGAAGCCGGCAUUCCUUAGAAUAAUUGCCUCCCAAGCUCACGGGAAUCGUUCGGGAGAUGGUUGCGUGUCCGGGGGCCUCCAGAGGGCGCGGGCUCCACUUCCCCAGUCGCCAGAUCCCGCCUAAAUGCCGGAUGUCCUGGGGAUGGGCACGCCUGACCCUGCCUGGAGGUGACCCCCUCAGCUGCUUGGCCACCUGGCACCACAGAAGGAGAUGGUCAGAGGGCAAAUCAGCCGGCGGGCACUUGGUUCUGGGCAGGAGGCUGCCCUGGGUUAGGCUGGGGGGUUUCACCUGCUCCUGGGACAGGAGAGAGGGGUCAGCAAGCCUCGCUGGAGCGGGCCACGUCGUCACCGGACCUCUGUGAGGGUCCCUGAGGGGGGCAGCUGGGGGCGGGGUGGGGGCCCCACUGUCCGCUUCUCGGGGUGAAUAUGAGGACAAGACGCUUGGGCCCAUAGGCUUGAGGACUCAGAUUUCGAGCGGAGGGAUACCUUGUUCCGCUCCAGUGAGUUUUUCUCCUAAAAGUAAACCCCAUUCUUGCA